GUGAAUUUUUUAUUUAUGCUCGUUAUAUAAACUCCUGCUUGUUUAAUAGACUGUGGAGGAGUGAACUGCAAAGCCCUCACGCCACAAUCACAUUAGUCUUUUUAUGUUAUGUUUACAUUCUUAUCUUUUUUUCCAAACGAUGGCUAUACACAAACAGGCCGUGACAGAAAGUGUAUGUGGCUUUUUGACAGAGCCACACACACACACAGGCUGCUUAGUGUGUGCAGCUCGUGCUCUGCAGCAGUCCCUCGGGUAAGCAGUCGCGAUGAACUGGAUGUCAACAGAUGCAUAAGGGGCUGUCGAAGUUUGAGAACUGCAGCACACCGGUGCGCGCGCAGUGGCCUGCCGCAGCCACUGGGGGGCGAUCGAGCUCUUUGCGCGCUGCGCAAACGUGCCUCUCGCGGAGGAGCUCAGCUCCUCAAUAACACGAGCACAAUGGUCAACGGGCGAGACGGAGCGGCAGACAGAUGCGCGCUGCGCAUACUUACCUAAGGAUAUUUCACAUGGCAUCCUAAAACUUUGAUACAUCUCGAUUCUGACGCCGCUCGUGUGAUUUAUCGAGCCACACAGCAUGCUCUCGGUAGCAGCACCUGCUUUUUGGUGAGUGCGAGUCCAGGCUUAAUGCAGCGGUGCAUGUUUUUUGGGGAGGGGGGAGAUGGGCAGGUGAUGAGAGAUCCUGUUGAAUAAAGACCCAACGGCGAGCCGUGGCCAAAACUGACAUCCCUCGAAUGCGAUCACACCUGACUGGUAAGGUGUCAUGUUCUGCAUUUGGCUACGCCGAGGAAUAUCUGGAUUCCCUGAGCAAGAGGGAAAUUUGGACAAAUCUGGGAUUUACAUCCUCAGCCAUCUCUAGCUUGUUAUAUUAAGGGUGGAAGCUGUGAAGACGUCCUCAAAUCAUUUCCUACCUGUUGCUGAUGUCAAGCUGAUUCAGUGAUUCAUUCAUAGCCACUGAAGGGGCAGAGGACGGAACAAACCUACACCCCACCCCUGCCUCACACAGCAGCGAAGAUGGGAACCAGUGAUUUCAUAGGCGAAUAAAGUCUCUAAGGUGACCGAGCACCUCAGAUAACGGAAAGGAGCCGCUCUCUCCUCCCGCAUCCACUUUCCUUUUGGAUAACACACGCGCGCUCUACGCACAUGGAUUCUAGAACUGUUGGACACAUAUUUCUCAUGAUGAUGAUGAUGAUGUCACCAGAAGCACGUCGCUUCGCUACAAUUGUAAAGUCCAAUUACAAUAAGUAAAAGUGCAUUAGAAGACCUAAAAGCACGUGUGAAGGUAGCGGACCUGCAGUGCCAGUCAAGUGCAUUUAUGAACUUGCUGAGCCCGUCUUUUGCUCAGCUUCGCUCCUCAGCCUGUGUUCCAUCAUUCUGAACGCUUCGUAGUUUGAGAAGAUGGAAUUUGCUAUGGUGGGCGCGGACAGCGGGGGCUGCAACACCCACCUGCCCUAUGGAUAUGCCCAGGCUCGCGCACGGGAGAGAGAGCGCGAGAGGGAGAGACAGUCUCGCGCAGCGGCGGCCGCAGCGGCAGCUGAAACCGGAACGGUCGGAGAAGGAGGUGGGUCGAGUGGCCAUCCCCAGAACCACCCGCAUCAGAGUCGCACCGCCUCUUCAACGAAUGCCAACAACAGUAGCGCCGGGACCGCCUCGCGCCCCUCCUCCUCCUCCUCCUCCUCCUCGCAACAGCCGCAACAGCAGCAGCAGCAACAGCAGCAACACCACCACGAGCCACAACAGCAAGUUAUCAGAGAGAGAAAAAAGCAAAGAGGCGUCGCGCGCUGGAGACGGAACCGCGCGGCACUCGGCGGGGAUCUACGCCAGUCAGAGUUGGCGCUCCUAGGAUCCGAGGAGGACGUCAUGAUCGAGGAGGACGAGGCGGAGGGCGAGGAGGAAGAGGAGGACAGGGGAAGCAAGAGGUCGAGUUUUGUCUAUAACAUGGAUGAUGAAGAGGAGACGGUUUCGCUAACGGACAGACGUCCUCAGUCAGGGUAUGAAAAUGUUUACAACGAGUACGGCUGCUGCGAGAGAGUUGUCAUCAACGUGUCGGGCUUGAAGUUUGAAACUCAGCUGAAGACUCUCGCGCAGUUCCCGGACACUCUCCUGGGGGACCCUGAGAAAAGAAUCAGGUACUUCGACCCUCUGCGUAACGAAUACUUCUUUGACAGGAAUCGACCGAGCUUCGACGCCAUUCUAUACUUCUAUCAGUCAGGGGGCCGUUUAAAGAGACCAGCCAAUGUGCCGUUUGACAUCUUUUCCGAGGAGGUCAAGUUCUAUGAACUCGGGGAAGAGGCAAUGCUCAAGUUUCGCGAGGAUGAGGGCUUCGUGAAGGAGGAAGAGAAGCCGCUGCCCGAGGACGAGUUCAAACGUCAGAUCUGGCUGCUGUUCGAGUACCCCGAGAGUUCAAGCCCAGCCAGGGGGAUCGCGGUCGUGUCAGUGUUGGUCAUCGUCAUAUCCAUAGUCAUUUUCUGUUUGGAAACAUUGCCAGAAUUCAGGGACGACAAAGAAUUCCUCAGCCCAGGUAAAAACUCCACACAGGCAGACAAUGGAUUUACGCCAUUCAACGACCCCUUUUUCAUCGUUGAGACGGUGUGCAUCAUUUGGUUCUCGUUUGAGAUAAUUGUGCGCUUCUUUGCGAGCCCCAGUAAAGCUGAUUUCUUUAAAAACGUCAUGAACUCCAUAGACAUCGUCUCUAUUUUGCCUUAUUUCAUAACUCUCGGCACAGACCUAGCUCAGCAGCAAGGCAACGGGCAACAGGCAAUGAGUUUCGCCAUCCUGAGAAUAAUACGACUCGUCCGCGUGUUCAGGAUCUUCAAACUGUCUCGACACUCCAAAGGUCUCCAGAUCCUCGGGCACACUUUGCGCGCGAGCAUGCGAGAACUGGCGCUGCUCAUCUUCUUCCUCGUCAUCGGUGUCAUCCUGUUCUCCAGCGCGGUGUACUUCGCAGAGGCGGACGAGCCCUCGUCACAGUUCACCAGCAUCCCAGACGCGUUCUGGUGGGCUGUAGUGACCAUGACCACGGUGGGCUACGGGGACAUGAAGCCCAUCACGGUCGGGGGGAAAAUCGUGGGCUCGUUGUGCGCCAUUGCCGGUGUCCUGACCAUUGCGCUUCCAGUCCCUGUCAUCGUGUCCAACUUUAACUACUUCUACCACCGGGAGACUGAUAACGAGGACCAGGCGCCCGUUGUGGAACAACCCCCGCCGGGCUGCCCGUAUUUCCCGGAUUUCCUCAGAAAAUUCAAAGGGUCCCCAUCGGGGUCGUCUUUGGGUGACAAGGCGGCUGAGUAUAUGGAGAUGGAGGAGGGCGUGACAGAAUCUCUGUGUGGGGGUGACACGCAGAGCCCCAGCAGAGGGAACGGUACUGACAUAGGCGGAAAAAACAGUUCACAUUCACGAACCCUACAGACAGAUGUAUGAUUAUGGAAGAACGAUAACCUCCUCGGGAGGUUUUCAUGAGGAUGACUGCACAAAUGAAUCAGUUAACAGCACACAUGCACAACUUGAAGACAUAUAGCCUACAGUACGCGCGUGCGCUAACACACACAAAACACACUCGUUAAGUUCUGGACCUGAGCUGAAACAUUUUUUGCAAUGUGGCUACUUUUGUAGAGAAACAUACCCUGCAAUCACGUGACAGGCAACGCGAAAAUCACCAGCUUUACGUGACGUGGAGAGGUGUCUCUAUCUGCCCACCUGUUCGGUUCAGUUGACGGAACUGAACGACUCCCGGUUCAUUAAUGAAGGCAACAAAAAGGAACUUGCAUAGGCACUUUAUGAGUUACAUUUGUCAGUAAUUGUAGGGAAAAAAGUCGAGUUCUUAUCUAAUGCUAUUAUGCAAUAACGUUUAAAUCGUUUGCACUAUCAUCAGUUGUGUUAUAGUCUCCCAGUUUAUUGCAGAGGAAAGAAACACUGAGGUAGAGAGGGAGGACAUCGAAAAACAACUCAAUAACAAUCAUAAUAUGAACGCCAUUAUUAAUUAAUUCGAAAUAAUAGCAAACAUACGCUGCAAUCUUCACUGUCGAGAACCAAUUCAGCUAAUAGUAAUGAAUUAUUUUAACAUAGCCUAUUUGAAUUAUACAUAAUUGGAGAGCAGCAUGUUGCGUAACUUAAAGCAAUGUUAUCUUAAAUCCCAUUAUGGCAAACUUGUGUCCGCAUGGCAGUAUUCAGUACUACACUCUGGUAAAAACCCCUUUUAGCACAACCCUCUGUAGUUAUUUGUGCAUUGUCCACGGUGACUGAAGAGUCAUUAUAGUCAGUCCCUUUUGUGAGUAUUGAAAAACAAAUCAAUCAUGUUAGUUUUUGUCCAUUAGCACAAUAUUUGAAACAUCAUCACGAAAUCGAAGAUUAUUAUUUUAUUUUUUUCCUUCUAAGCAUCAAAGUCACAUUUUGGCUUACCGAGGCCAAAAUAACCGUUUCACAAUGUCUCACAAAGCAAACAACACCUUGUAAAACAGAGUCAGCGACACCAUGGCUUGAAGGAUCAGUUUGGCCACUGUUUUCAAGUUACUGUCAUGGGAGUAUAUUUCAAGGGAAUGCUUCAUGCAACUAUUUGUCUUCAUCCCUUUACCAAAUGACAAUGCAUCCCUUUAUAAAAAAUGCUGACGGAAAUGUACAGCACCGAAGGGAACAUGAACUUGGUGGACUUCAUGCACAGCGAAUUCUCAUCCUAUUGGAGUGCACGAUUACCACUGAGCAUGCGCAGUGCAUUGCGGAACCCAGGUGAAGGUUGUCUGGGUUCAUGUGCCAGACAGGACAAUCUUCUGUGUGUCACCUGACACUGCUCUUCUUUGUCACUUUAAACACUGACGCUGUAAUGACACUGAGGAAACUCUUACUUUAAUUUGCUUCUAUGCCAGUGUUGUGAGUCUUGCCUAUGAGAGACUUUUCCGUCAGCCUUUGGACUCCUACGGAGGGGGACGGCCAUGACUGCCAGUCAACGGACGGCAAGUGAACGGGACGGACCCGUUGACGCAGGUGUCACUGAAGCCACUGCUGGACAUCAGAUUGACACUGCACAUCAGACACUGCAGCAUCUCCGACGUGCAGUAAGACAGGAAGUCCAUCAUCAAGCCAGGUGUCAAACUGUUUAAGACCCGCCCCAAUAAAUGCCUUAAAGACACAGUACACUACAUCUCUAUGUAGAGGAACCUGCAGCAGGAGACUUCUUAAAAAAAGCUUGACAUGUUUUCAUUUUUCUCUUUAUGAGUGAAUCAGUGUCUUGCAAGAACAGAUGUGAAUAUUUUCUUAUAAUAGAGAAAUAUUUGUUUGGGUGUAAUAUUGCCACUUGUUUUUUUGUGGUAGGCCUGGUGAAAGCUGUUAAAUAUAUAAGUGAAGGGAAAGUCUACUGUCUGUCUGUGGCAGCCUCUUCCAUCUAGUUUUAUCUCUUUUCAUUUCCUAAACCAAAAGACUGCCAGCUGAAAUGGAGAAAUUCAGCGGCAGUGCUCAAUGAUGUCAGUCUGGACGGGUCACACAUUUACAGUAUGAAUGCAGGGUCAAAUCACAUUCCCCUCAGCACCAGACUCAUUGCUUUUGUUCAAAUCUUCAAUGAUCAAGAACAGUCUGUUUUUUAGAUUAGUGUGGCUGUGUCUGUGCUAUCAAAACCCUAAAUGUUUUUAAAGGGAUAAUUCGCCCCAAAAUUUCUGAAAAUUCUGUCAUGAUUUACUCACCCUCAUCAUGUUAUUCCAAACCUGUAUGACUUUCUAUUUUCUGCAAAAUACCUUAGUGUUUUUUUAUCCAUACAAUGCAAGUCAAUAGCAACGUUUACAUGCACCCAAAUAAUCUAUUUGCAAAACCUGAUUUCACCAAGUACAACAUGUUUCUGGAUCAAAAUCUUUGUUGUUCCUGGAACAACAUUCCAUUCAACCAAUCAGAUUUGAGGGAUAAGUUCACAGUUUACGUCAAGUUUAGGCUUACAACCAGGGUGAGGUGAUUCUGCAUCAUUGUUAUUCACCUGUCAUUCCCUCUGAUUUAGGGAUAAGUUAUGGGUAGGGUUAGGUUUAGAGCUAGGGACGCGGUUAUGAUUAAAUUUUCGGACGGGAGUGUUGUUCCAGGAUCAACAAAAUAUGUUGAGCCAGGAAUUUGUCUAACUCAGCAAAAUCAGGACGUGCGAUCUAUUUAUAGUCAACACUUUCAUGCAAACAUCUCAGUUGAUUUAAAUUUCGAUCAGACUGAAAAGGAUUGUGUAGACCUGAAAUUACUUGGUAAACAGGAACAAAAUGUGCAUGUAAAUGCUUGAAUCCAACUAUUUUCUCAAUCGAAUUCAUAAAUACCCAUGCGCAGUGCUGUCAAACGUAUGUUUACAUUUUACAUCUUUAAUUGUCACGUCUUACGAACUGGACAGUGGAGGAGACUGUAUAUUUACUAAACGUUUGCUAAAAAAGCUCUUGUGACAUACAUGUCAGCUUUCUUUUUAGAUAGAUAAUCAUCAAGGCAAAAAAAAAACCUUUAUAGUCGCGCAACUCCAGUGAUGCUAUUUUGGCACUUAAACCAAUAUAUGAAUCGGAUUGCAAUGUUUAAAAAAAAACAAAAAAACAAUAUAUAAAAAAAAUAAAUAAAUAAAAACAUUCAGAAUCUAAAAAUGGUUUGGACUCAUUUCGAAUGACGAAAAUUAGUGCAUGUAAACAUACCUAAUGUGGUCCAGUGUUGUUUUGGACCCCACUAACUUUCAUUGUAUGAACAGAAACAUUCUUUAAAAUAUCUUUUUUUGUGUUUUACAGAAGAAAGAAAGUCAUACAGGUUUGGAACGACACGAGGGUGAGUAAAUCGUUUUUGGGUGAACUGUCCCUUCCACACCCGGAGGAGUAAAACAGUAAUCAGUUAUAGUCAUCUGAAUAAUAGACCUAUAUGUUUGGUGGCCUUCACGGUCUCCAAGGUGCAGAUAAAUGAUGAAGGUUGAAUUGUGGGUGCCAUCAGGUUUGGUGGACAGCUGGUUAUUCAUUUGAGUUGGUGCAUUACUGGACUGAUGCCCAGCGCUCAGAUGGUGAGCCGAGUCUGCUUCUCUCUGUCUGCAUCCACUUUAAAUAUCAGUGGUGAACCAUUACAGAGUUUGGUUAAUAAAUAUUACCGACCAGUUUAUCGCAAUAGGAAUAACAGUGUCUGCUGUUGUGGACUGGGAAUUUUGGUAUUGCAGUUCAAUUCGCCUCUUUGCAAUACCCACUAUAAAUAGUGCCCUCAAACAGAAGACUGCAAAUUACAGUGCCACACACCGACAGCAAGACAAUAAAGCCACAUAUAAACAGAUCUGCAAGUCAUAUUCCAGGUUAGCUAACACUCUGUUGGGAGACACGGCAACAGAAAGAGACGAUACUCUCUCUGCCCCACAAUCCUCCCUGUCUCUGUCUCUCUUUUCAUCUCCCACUCCUUUUUCGUUCUUUGUUUUUUUGCUUUCCUUCCCUGCCUAUCUGACAUGCAACCAAGCAUGCAGACUUAUGCACACAGUUGUCUUCUCUUUCUCUGUCCCUCUCUGUCUUUGUCUGUCUGUCUGUCUGUCUGUCUGUCUGUCUUUCCUGUUGGAACUACUCUGAAUAGGCGACGUGUCAGAAUUCUAGGAUAAACGUGGUCUGAUCGUAUAGAAUUGAAACUCAAACCAUUUCUAGAAUGAACCAGCUGCUUCGUUGUCAUGGAAAUACAUUCAAGUAAUCUGUAUGCAAAGUUCUAUGGAAGUGUACUAUCUAUUUUUUUAAACCUAGCCUUGAAUAUUAUAUAACCAAAGUCGAACCCUGAAAAUCUAUGUUUUAUGUUUGGACCUCUUUUUAUUUCUUGAAGAGAUUUAGACCUAGUAAAAAUAGAUGCACAUGAAACACGACGUAUGUACAUAAGCAGAUGUCUAUUUUAUGGUGUCCUCAAGGUCACGCGUCAUUUUAGGCAGAUCUACUUUUUGACUGUUAGCCUUCUCGAGUCCCAGGCCCUGUUCUUUCUCGUUCUCUAAAUCCUUAAUGGUUUCGUGCACCUCGUGGAAGCCGAUCCUGCCGGUUGCAGACUCUCUCUCCUCAGCUCUCUCUCUUUUUUUAGCGUGUGUGUUAGUUAGUUAGUUAGUUGACUGGACUCUCUAGCAGAGGACCACUUGCUGAGUGCGUUUCAUAAACUGAAGCCGAGAUCAUCAGGUGGAGCAGCGCCAUGAAGCAACUAAACAUGGAGCGUUGCGUCACGUCACAUGUUGUAGAUCUGCAUGUGACUUUAAUAUGUAAAUAUGUGUUAGUGCUAUUAUGAUGUCACCGCGACAUGUGCUCGAUGCAGUGGAUCGGAAUGGUUUACACUUGAGAACAAAAGAAUUCCUUAACAUCCACGAUGCGAUGCGCAUGGCUCUUUCUUUACACACUGAGUCAACAGCCAAGAAUUACCAGCCAACCGUGAGGAGACUUUGUUACCAUGGAGAUGCUCUGCCAGUGCUGACUGGUCAGCUGGCUUUGGAGGAAAAGGAAGCUUUUCCCUGUGAAAAAGAAGGAGAAUUACCUGCUAAACGAGAUAGACCAGAUCAGCACAUCCUCUCAUUGAGUUGAUCGAUUAUUUUGUUCAUAUUCAACUCGCUGCGAUUAAACUGAUUUACACAGGAAUGUGUAAGGCAAUGGAGAGAUAUCUAAAAGCUCACUUAUUUAAUCCACACAAGACUAUUGGGGUUGCACUGACAAUUAAAUUGUUAGUUUCAUGUCAUGGCUGAUGGACAAUAAAUGGAUGAGAUUAAAAUUCAAUGCUAUUUUGAUUAAAAUAAAACUCAAAUAAAUAAAAGACACAAUUUAAGGUGGCGUUUAGGCUUUAGAACAUUACGACGUAAACGAUAUUCAUUUUGAGAUUUGCUCAAGAUGACACUGAACAGUGUUAUCAAACUAAUUAUUUAUUAAAUCGGCAAAGAUUAUCUAAAUGUAAAGGUGGAAAUGAUAUCCACAAUAUAUACAAAUCUGUAAUAUUGACCAUCACUAUUUGAUUCCCAACUACUAUGUGAGAGAUACUGAGUCAAAAUGAAGAGACUCUUCAAAAAACAUAGCAAUCAUAGAAAGAGAACCUGAGCACACCAAUGUGAUAUUUGAUGUAAUGUAUGAACAAUAAAAAUUCUGUUGUGGCUUUCAUUACAGCAUGAAAUAUAUUGUACUUUGUGUACAAGUGAGUGUCUGCUCAUUGUUAAUGUAUUUCAGUGAGCUUAGAUAAAUUCUUCAGAAUCAUGAUUAAGCAUUUUUUCACUUUUGUAAAGUGUCGUAAUGGACAGAGUUACCAGUGUAACGCUUGGCUGCUCACACAGUAACGAAACCGCAAGAAAACACUGCUGACUGGAAAAGAUCUCUUUCAAUUACCAGAUCACCUUACUUCUAGUGUCCAUCAUACAGCACUGUAUACAGCUACAGGUCACUAACCAAACACAGGCAAUCGCACGCCAGAAAUAUGAAUCUAAUAUCGGAUCAUUUUGGUAAUCACAGGUGGACCUCUGUGUAUUUCCGCUUUUGAUGAGAGGUGUGUUGGUGUGUGUUGGGUCAGCUUUUGUGCCUCCUAACAAGCAUGCUGAGGGAGAUGCGCUUGGUGAGUCUGUGUUCUUUCGAUGAACAAUCCGGACGGCAGGAAAGUGUAUAGAAUCACCCCCCUCAAAGAAGUAAAUAAAUAACCAGAUGUUCCUCUAUUCAUGUGAGUUUUGGAUGGGCUUGCCCUUUCUUUCUGCAUGAUGCUUUGGUUUUAAAAACUUGCAUCCUGAUUGACGAUGUAUUUGUGUUAUUUAUUUAUUCCUUUUUUUUCUUUCUUUCUUUCUUUUUUUUUUUUUUUUGUAUAUUGGAGACCCUGUAUCAUUUCUUUAUUUCUUUUCCUUUUUGGGGGGGUUAAUUCAUUAAUCUUCUGGAUUUUUCUACAUGCAUAUCAUUUUGUAGGCAGCAAUAUGAGAUGUGAUGGAAAUGAAAUUAUGUGCAAUGUUGAAAAUUAAAAAACAAAACAUAAUAUAUUAAAUAAAAACAAAGAAGGCCA